AUGCCGGGGCCGCCCGAUCACCAUGUCGACAAUCGCAGAGCGGCUGGCGAUUUCUCGCUCCAAUUGCCACCUCUCGCGCCGCAAUUCCCAAGCGACCCGACAACAGAACUGCCCCCAAUUCAGGUUCCUCGGGAACACUCCCGGACAAACUCAACGCAAACCUUGCCACCACUAUCUUCGUUAACUGGCCCGACAAACCAUUCGACUCUUCCAAACCCGAGCGAUGCCUCCCCCCACCAGGCGCCCUACCCCCACCCACCAACCCACUGGCCCAGCCUUAACCCGUUCACAACAUACUACACCCCGAGCUACCUAGAUCCGGAGUCAUCCCCUAGUAUGUCGUCAGACCCGGCUGCUAGCCGCAGCGUCAGCCUAGAUGAUCCCGAUGUUAGGAUGGCUGCCGAAGCAUUGGGCCAGAUGAGGACCGAAAGCGGUUCUUCACCUCGUAACCGAGAGACCACCCCAAGUGACCGCAAAACACCACGCGAUUACCAUUCCGCUAGCCCCUCACGGACCAGCAACAAUGGCAAUGUCGAACCACUCUUGUCCUUGAUCACCACAACAUACCCAUUCCUUGGUAACACGAUUGAAGGCGCAGCUUCAGCAUACAAUACCGGUAAAAAUUACUCGCCACAUCUCAAAUCCGGCGCCGAAUAUUUCGAGAACUUGGUCAAGCCAGCGGUCGAGACGGUCGGGCGAAAAACAGGGGUAGAGGGGGGGAUGAGGUGGCUCCUCUCCAUGCGCGGCCGGAAACAACGGCCUUCUGCGGACCUCGAGCCAGACGGACGGGAAAACAAACGCCGCAGACCGGAUCUAGAGAACAAGGGACGUGGCGUCUUGAAUUCACCUCCUCAAGACGUACGAGGGGAGAGCGAGGACCGGCGCAUGUCGAUCAGUACCGUCGACACGCUACCCGCUUAUGACGACCAGAAAUCACCGGCAUAUACCGAAUCAGUCGACGACAAAACCCAGUCUGACCAAAGUCCUUCGCCCAAUGGGCAGCAGUGGGGUCAACGAUUUGUCGUCACGACAUCCGGCCUUGGUGUCGCGAUGAAGGACGAGAGCAUGAAGAGCCUGCGAUACUGCCUCAAAGUGGUCAAGAAUACGAACGGGUAUCUAGGGGAGGUUCUCGUCAGCUUGAGGGGUGUCAUUGAUGAAUAUGACCGCACCACGCCAGGGAACGGCGAAACUCCCGGGGCCACAGAAACCGGCGAACAGCCACCGACACCACGUACCGCCGAGGAUCGCAACCGGCUAAUUCUGCGCAUGACGGAGCUUCGGGAUGAGCUGUACACUGUCAUUCAGCGCACGGUGCAGACCGUUUCCAAGUACACGGGGAGUGCUUUACCCGAAAACGCCAGGAACUUGGUCCACAGCCAGCUUAUGAGCCUGCCGGCACGGUAUCAAUUCCAUUACCUAAGACAAUUUGAGGCUCGGCAACCUAAUGCCAGCCCUGACGCCUUUACGCGAGAGAGCGCCCACCUGGCCCUACUUUUCGCGAAGGAGGCGUUGCAAAUGACCAACCAAGUUGGCGACGUGCUGAACCGGACGCUCAUGAGUGCAGAGCAAUGGUGCAACACCUUGUACCGUAAGAAUAACGAGCAUUCUCCGUCGCCGAUCAUCACGGACCAGUCCCUGCCGGCCACGCCAGGUACCACCACCGACCGGGAUGUCGACAUGUCUGGCUAG